UGUGUGUGUUCAGCUAACACUUCCCUGUCUAAGCCUGUGGAUACAAGGGCUGUGCUCUCUUGCCCUCCGAUCACCCAGAAAGCUGUGCUGGUAACAAUAAGAUGGGAAAUAAUCCUCAGAGACAAGCCUUCCUGCACCAGAGCCUACAGGAGAGAUACAAAUGAGACCAGGGCCAUAAACUGUAGUGACGAGACAAUAUCCUGGGACUCCAGACCUGAUCGGAAUCCCGCCCUUCAGAUCGACCCAGUGGCCAUCACUCAUGAUGGAUAUUACAGGUGUGAAGUGGUCACAACUCAUGGGCAUUUCUAUCAUGGAUAUCACCUGACAGUGUUAGGUAAGGAGCAUCGUAUAUU